AAUUGGUGGUCAGUGUAGCUAGUGGUUGGAAUAGUCCAAUUUGAGGAGCCAAAAAGAGAAAUGCUUAUUAUUCUAGGUUUUUCUAGGACAAAUGCAACGCCAUUCUGUAAGUGAAGGCUGACAGACAACAGUUAAGUUUGUUGAACAUUUGUUUACAAGCAUUUUUUGUGUUCUUGUUCCACAGACAAGCAGAAAGCCAGAAACUGAAGUCUAAGUUCAAACGUAGCUUUGAGACAUUGUAUGAAGGAACAACAGCAAAGGGCAGCCGUGUGUGCUUGAAUGAGAUUUACACAGAACUCUAUGCAGUGGAGGGCUGGACAGGAGGAAUGAGCACUGAGCAAGAAGUCAUACACAUUGAGGCAGAAUCCUGGAGAUGUUGCACUGAAGACACUCCAAUCAAUUUCAGUGACCUUUUCCAAUCUGAGUCCAAGGUUUUGAUGCUAGAUCAGGGACAGAGAUCAGAGAAAGGUGAAGGGCAGAGAUUGAUGCUAGAUCAGGGACAGAGAUCAGAGAAAGAUGAAGGGCAGAGAUUGAUGCUAGAUCAGGGACAGAGAUCAGAGAAAGGUGAAGGGCAGAGAUUGAUGCUAGAUCAGGGACAGAGAUCAGAGAAAGGUGAAGGGCAGAGAUUGAUGCUAGAUCAGGGGCAGAGAUCAGAGAAAGGUAAAGGGCAGAGAUCAGAGAAAGGUGAAGGGCAGAGAUUGAUGCUAGAUCAGGGACAGAGAUCACAGGAAGGUGAAGGGCAGAGAUUGAUGCUAGAUCAGGGACAGAGAUCAGAGGAAGUUGAAGGACAGAGAUUGAUGCUAGAUCAGGGACAGAGAUCAGAUAACGGUGAAGGACAGAGAUUGAUACUAGAUCAGGGACAGAGAUCAGAGAAAGGUGAAGGACAGAGAUUGAUACUAGAUCAGGGACAGAGAUCAAAGAAAGGAGAAAGACAGAGGUUGAUGCUAAAUCAGGGACAAAGAUUGAUGCUAGAUCAGGGACAGAGAUCAGAGGAAGGUGAAGGACAGAGAUUGAUGCUAGAUCAGGGACAGAGAUCAGAGAAAGGAGAAAGACAGAGGUUGAUGCUAGAUGAGGGACAAAGAUUGAUGCUAGAUCAGGGACAGAGAUCAGAGGAAGGUGAAGGACAGAGAUUGAUGCAAGAUCAGGGACAGAGAUCAGAGAAAGGAGAAAGACAGAGGUUGAUGCUAGAUGAGGGACAAAGAUUGAUGCUAGGUCAGGACAGAGAUCAGAGGAAGGUGAAGGGCAGAGAUUGAUGCUAGGUCAGGGACAGAGAUCAGUUUGAAGAGUUUGGUGUUUUUGUUCUACAGGGUUUGAUGCUUUUGUUCUGCAGGGUUUGAUGUUUCUUUCUCCCUCUUUGUCUUUCUCUUUCUGCAUAUUGUCUGGGUGUAUGAUCACAGACAAAGGUUGUUCUUCUCUGGCUUCAGCUCUGAGCUCAAACCCCUCUUACCUGAGAAAACUGGACCUGAGCUACAACAGUCCUGGAGAAUCAGGACUGAAACUGCUCACUAAUUUUCUGAAAGACCCACAACUGGACAAGUCAAGUACACAAAUCAUACUGCUAAAGAAAGGCUGCAUUAAACAUGUUAAAUGUUAUACAUAAUGGUAUACAUAAAAUGUAGAUGUUUCCUUAGUGUGGUGGUUCAGAGGUUUCUGUUGCCUUUGUUCACCUUCUGUUUUUGUUUUCAUUUGUGUUCUUCACUGUUGAUCAUGAAGGAGAGUUCAGGAUUAAACUAGGGCUCAAAAAGUGUAUGUACACACACACACACACACACAAAUGUUUGUCAUAUAUACACUUACUGUCCACUUUUAUCAGAAACCCCUCCCUUGUGGCUCCAGCUUGUUGUUGUGUGUGUUUCCUGAUGUGCAGUUUGUGUUAGUUAUCCUCUAGCCCUUCAUCAGGGGUCAGAUUGCUGGAUGUUUUUGUGUGGUGUCAGUCCACUCUCAGCCUAGCAGUCACAUCUUGUCAGUGUCACUGCAGUGUCCUGUCUCUGUCUGAGGGGAACAGAAAGGCAUUGUGGGUCAGACAGCAGCAGGGGUAUCCCCAUUUCCCGGAGAGUUUUGACCAGUUCUACCAGGUGGUCAGUGUCGUCUGAGUGGACACUGUUACUGAGCGAGAGUUCGACUGUAGCCGUGACGUAUAGAGGAAUCGACAGGAAAACAGGAGGUUCUUAUUUGUGGUUUGGACACAAUGAAAAGUCCUGGAGUCUCUACUGCACCAGUCACUAUUACACGGCCCGGCACGGUGACCGCAGCCCGGAGGUUCCAGCCUCGUCUCGGCUCUCCAGCGGGGUGGGAGUCUAUCUGGACUGGCCGAACAGGACUCUGUCCUUCUACAGCAUCUCCUCAAACCUCACGGCGAACCACAUACAUACGUCCCACUGUUGGUUCUCCGAGCCCGUCUACACAGGGUUUGGGGUUGGUCCUGGAUCCUCAGUUAUUCUGGCCAACGUACAGUACAAACUUGCCUAUUAAUAACAGCACACACGCAUUAAUGUAAAUGCAGACGUGUAUAUAAUUGUAAUAAAGACUCUUUCAUGGUGUUUUUGGUGUGAAUUAUGAUUAUUAUUGAGUGUACAUAAAAUACCGCAUCAAUACGUUGACCUGCUUUUAAUUUCUCUCACAUA